GUGGAAUUUCUCACCAAACACCUUAGAGCAGAUAAUGCCUUUAUGUUACUUACUCAGGCGCGACUAUUUGAUGAACCUCAGCUUGCUAGUCUUUGUCUAGAUACAAUAGACAAAAGCACGAUGGAUGCGAUAAGUGCGGAAGGAUUUACUGAUAUCGAUAUAGACACACUCUGCGCAGUUCUGGAAAGAGACACACUUAGUAUUAGAGAAAGUCGGCUUUUUGGAGCUAUUGUACGAUGGUCAGAAGCAGAAUGUCAAAGACAACAGUUGCCUGUGAGUUUUGAAAACAAACAGAAAGUUCUAGGAAAAGCACUGUCCUUGAUCCGGUUCCCACUGAUGACCAUUGAGGAGUUUGCAGCGGGUCCUGCUCAGUCAGGAAUUUUGUCAGAUCGUGAAGUGGUAAAUCUUUUUCUUCACUUUACUGUCAAUCCUAAACCCCGAGUAGACUACAUUGAUCGACCGAGAUGCUGCCUCCGCGGAAAGGAAUGUUGCAUCAAUAGGUUCCAGCAAGUAGAGAGCCGUUGGGGCUACAGUGGGACGAGCGAUCGAAUCAGGUUCACAGUUAAUAGAAGAAUCUCUAUAGUCGGAUUUGGUUUAUAUGGAUCUAUUCAUGGUCCCACGGAUUAUCAAGUGAACAUACAGAUCAUUGAAUAUGAAAAGAAGCAAACCCUGGGACAGAAUGAUACUGGGUUUAGCUGUGACGGGAGUGCGAGCACAUUCAGGGUCAUGUUCAAAGAGCCCAUCGAGAUCCUGCCCAACGUGUGCUACACCGCAUGCGCCACCCUCAAAGGUCCAGAUUCCCACUAUGGCACAAAAGGAUUGAAGAAAGUAGUGCAUGAAACAUCUGCUAGCAAGACUGCUUUUUUAUUUUUUAGUUCACCUGGCAAUAAUAAUGGCACUUCAAUAGAAGACGGACAAAUACCAGAAAUAAUAUUUUAUACCUAAUUUAGCAUUAUAAUACAUCUUGGCUAAAUUGUACCAUACCGUCUAAUCUCAGCGGCAUAAAAAUCUGGCCACACAAAAAAUUUGAGUGUUAUGAAUAUUUAUAAUUUUAAGAUGAGAAACAUUUUAGUUUCUUAGAGGAGACAGAUAAAUGUUUAUUUAAAUCUCUGCAUAAUUUAAAGGCAGAUUUUCCAUUUUCUUAAAACAUUAGGGGAAAAGAAAACUGGGUUUGUUUAAAAAAACACAGCUAUUUCAGCUUUAUCUUGUAUAAUUUCAUAGAUCAACUGACGCAUGGUCUUUCAACAGUUUUAUAAUUGAAAGAUUUUUGUUAUAUAGCUGGUUUGUUUUGUUUGAAUUAUUUUUAAGGUUACAUGAGAUGACAUGGGUCAGUUUUCCUAUAGAAUUCCUAUUCCUCUAAUUUCAGACAUUAAGAAAACUGACCUUAUAUUUGGAGUUUUGAAAUACCUGUUUGUUAACAUUUGGAAUAUUGCUAGAAAUAGGCCUAAUAAAUGCCCAAGAAAAAUUUUCAAUGCUUUUACAGAAAAGGAUAUUUUGUAAUAGUUUAGUAAUGUGCUACAUAGUACAGUUUUAAACUACAAAUGGAAUUUGUACAAAUUCACAAUAAUGUGAUAAAGGAUCUGAGGUAUAGUCUAAGAUUAGAUUCUUUAUCACUGAACCACACCAUUACACCUGUCUGUCUGUAGGGGAAUGCUGCUGAGAGUUUCCAAGGUUGAGAUGGGGGUGGUGAUGGUGGUGAGUGGGUAAACACACUUAAGGUCAACAUUGGGGUGACAAGCUUACACAGCACGAAAUAGAAUGAAAUACUAACAUUGCUUACAACUACUUUGAAAUUUUAAAGAUGUCCAACACAUCACUCCUGCCGAAGUGACACCAUCUUUUGUCACCUACACACUUGUAUCCAGAAGUCAAACAUGUUUAAUAUUCAUGACCUCACACAUGUCACAGGAACAGCCGUAAUAGGAAGGAUAGGAAGUCGAUGUGGCAGAAUGAUAUUUAUACACUUUUUUAUAAAGAAAAAUUUUUAUAUAAAUAACAUUCUUUUUUCUUUUGAAAACGAUUAUCUUAUAAAAACAUGUAUAAUUAAGUGUAAGUUGUGGAAGAUGGUUAAAAAUCACCAGUCAAAAAGUACCAACUUAAAUAGGAUUCAUUUUUUCAAAGAAUAGUCAUGAGGAUGUAACAUUUCUUUCAUUGUAUUUCAUUGUAUAUUUUUAAGAAGGUCGUGAGGUAGCAUGUGGCAGAGGUCCCUUGACUUUGCUGAAGAAAAGGGAAGUUUUCUUCUCCCUGGUUCCAUGACCUUGUGGAUCUAAACCUGCGUUAACUGGAGUACCUGUGGGAUGUGUGGUUCUGGUUAACCAGCAAACACUGCACCAACCACUGUGGAAAAUCCUUCUGCCUUAAACAGGAUGGUGUACUAGCGAUAAGUCCAUGUUUUCCAAUGUUUGAGGCAUUUCGAAUGCCUCCAGUACGUUGCACUGAACAGUGAUUGUAACUGAAGGUAGCUCUAGCGGAGGCACAAGAAACGGGAUUGUUUACUGAUAUGGGGCAUCCCUGGAAUUUUUAAAAAAUAAAUAUUAUCCAUUUA